AAUGCUUUACUCGGAGGUGUAUAUAAUUCUUAAUCAUACUCUGCUCCCAAAACAACCGUUUAAAACAGAAAUGUUGGGACUAAAUUUAGUCCAAAAGUUAAAUUAAUUUAGGUACAAGAUGGGUCAAGUUACAAGCUUCUCCCUUACAUUCAUUGUAAUAUUGCUUUAAAAACCAUCGCUAUAUGCAUAUGUACGUAAUUGUCUUGCCUGACGGGAAAAUGUCUUCCUGGACAUGUAACAUCGGAUAUGUCAGACAGUCGUCGAAUUUGCGUAUGUGGAAGAGAACGAGGCAAAGAACCCGUAAUUAUCACAAUAACAACAUGUAAAAAACACCACAGUGUUAAAACAGAGGGUGGAUCAGUUUGCGUUUCUCCACCAACCGAUGAACUGUUGUCAGAACUAGCAAAAACUACUAAACAACAAACAGGUCAUUCUUCUGAGGACAUCAAAAAUCAACCAGUAACUGAAAGGUUUCAACCACUUGAAGGCGAAGCUAUAGAUCAACAAAACGCCGAAGGCGUUAAAAAAGAGGAACAAACAGGUUCUGAUCUUACCGAAGAAAUUGAACAAAAACCUGAAGACCAACCACCAGUGAGUGAUGAAAGUGAAUCGAGCACUAAACUCGUUGAUACGAACCUUAUGCCUCGACAAAUGUCCAUAGAUGUAAAAGAAGGUGAAGAUACUGCCAAAGAUGCAGCGAUAAACUCUGAUCUUCCAUCAGUGAAAGCUGAAAGUGAAACGCAAGCUACUGAACCUGCAAAAGGAACCGAAGACGAACCAAAUAGUCAGGAAACUGUAGAAGAAGGAGAGCUACCGGAGAGUGAAGAAACUAAAAGAAAAUCUGCUGAAUCUGUUGUUGGUCGGCAAAUGUCCACAGAUGGAAACAAUGAAUUAGCCACAAGUUCACAUACUGUUGAAGAUACGGACAACAAAUCAGAUGAUCAGCCAGUGAGCAAUGAAAGCGAAACGCAAACUACUGAGACUGCUCAGCUAACUAUUCAACCAACAGAUGAAUCAAUUGAAAAUGAACCCGCUCAAGAGCUGUCCAUAAUUGAUACAGAAUCAAAUGUUCACGUUAAAGAAUUGAAUGGAAGUGAAGAAACGGACAACGAUGAAGGAACAGAAAAAGAACAACCGGAAACUGAAAAUGACGCGAAACCAAAUAUCGUAGAAAAUGAACAGCUAGAAGGAGAUGGAAAUCAAAAAAUACAUGAGGAAAGCGAACUGAUUGCGACUAGAGAUGUAGAAUCGCACAGCAAAACUUUAGACACCAUCGAAGAAGAAAAGUAUAUAGAAAAUGCAGAAGACGAUGAUAUGAAAAAGUCCAGCAAUAUUUUGCAGCAAUCACUGAAUCAAAUAGAAGAACCGCCAGGUACUGGAGGUGUGGAAACUACUGGUAUAAAACCAGAUGAACAGCCGGCAGAAGAAAUAGCAUUGCAGGACGAAAAUGAAAAUAAAUCAGCGAAUACUUCCAGUCCGUUUGAAAAUGCAAAUCCAUCUAAUGAACGAAAUAACGAAAACCAUUCCAGUACAGAAACCAAAUUCUUAAAUAAUGAAGAAAUUAUUGAGAAUGCCAGUUUCAAUAAUGAUAAUGAACCGCAAAAUAGUGAAAUUUUGGUCCAAUCAAGCACAGAAUCUGAAAACCGGCAAGAGGAAACUGAAUCAGCUAGAACUGAAACCGAGAAUAGCAAUAAACAGACGGGGAUUGAAAAUUCAGCAAAUGAACUAACCACAACUAGUGCUGAAGCAGUAGCAAUAAGCACAAAUCGAACAGCAGAAACGGUUACUCAGGAUGUAGGUUCUUCACUAGAAACGAAAAUGAUUGAAAAUGAAGAAUUUUCUAACGAAACACACAACAUCGAUCCAGUAUUAGUCGAAAGUAUACUGCCCGCAGAAUCUUCAUCCAUCAAGAUACUGAAAAAUGAAUCCGCUCGCUACUUAGAUGAGGAAAAUGAGUCUAUAAAGCAAAACGCAGAUUAUCAAAGUGCUGAAUCACUAGAUGUCGAAACCUCAGAAGAAAAAUCCGCAAAAAUUUCAAAUGAGCUUAUGAAGCAGUCAGACAUUAAUACAAGCGGAGGAAUAGAAGAAAGCAAGAGCAAACAAGCUGCUGAUGGACAACCAUCAGAAGUUGAUGCUGAAAUCAAUGAAACUAUCGAAAAUUUACAGAAUGCGUCAGUGGAUCAAGCUAUAACUGAUCAAGAAUCAAAUGUAAUACAGGUUCAGUCAUUAGAAGCAACUGAGGACUUAGAAAAAAACGACUCGGUAGAAAAUGGUCAACAAGCAGAACCAAGUAACAUUGAGGAAUUAGAAACAAAGAUUCUUGACGCAAACAACGCAUUGGGAAGUGAUUUGCCAGCUCCUUUAGGAAGUGGCAUUCAUGAUGGUUCGAAAGUUAUGCUGUCUGGAAGUCUGGAUGUUGAGGACAAAUCUGCAGAAAAUGGAAGAAACACUGUUGCUUCCUCAGUGGAACAUGCUCUAGAAGAUACAUCUAAUAUUAUAGACAGUGAAGAUUCUUCAGUUGACAGACAGCAAGAAAGUGAAACACUUCAGAAUACUGUAAAUGGUGAAAACGAUCCUAGAAGAGUAGAAAAUGGAAGUAGCACAAGUAAACGUGAUUCCUAUGAUGCUAUCAAUAAAAACAACCCGGCUAUAAUAAUGCGUACAGAGACGGCAAUGAAUACUGUGAUGCCUAAUUUUGAUCGCCUGUUUUGGGAUAUCAUUUUACCAAUUUCUAAAUCCAGGCGUUUGGUGGAGAGAGCAAAAGCAGAAAUUGCACACACAAAAAUAUCGUUAGCUUCUAAAGAGGCAAAUUAUAAUGGCACAUCAACAAUUUUGGCUGAAAGAAAUGUGAAAAAUCUCGAAGAUUUGCUAAGAUCAAUUGAAUACUGCACGGAGAAUCAGCAAGUCGGUCAAUACUUAAAUGAGCAAGACAUCCUGAAUUUAGAAAAAUAUAAGGACACAUGUGAACAAACAUCAAGUUCUCAUAUGUGUGAAAUGUACUCCCAAAUCAUCACAAGCGAGCAAGGAUUGCAAGUGGGAACCAGCUAUAUUUUCAAUAGAAAGAACACGAAAUGGUAUGAAGGAUUGCUGAUAUGUUUCGGAAUCAAAGCUAGUGAUAGCGUCUAUGAUAUUGGAAAUCUAAACGAUGACUUGGUAGUGAACAACAAGUCUUCUUAUAUUGUGACAAAGUACCUGAGAAUUUGAUUAUUAAACUUGAAAUGAGAAUUUUGUUGAAA